GCUACCAUUUGAGCGCGAAAUGGAAGUAGCGCCAUAUUGGCGUGUGUGAUUGCGUUGAACCGCGUCCUCUCGAUCUGGCAGUGUCUGGCAGUGCGAAUCGUUGCGUCAGAAGGCGCAAUGUUCAGCUAUUUUUGGGUGUUUUGUGUCUCCAACAAACGUGUUCUCCGUAACGUGGUGUGAGCUACUGCUGGAAAAUGGCUGAAUCCGAACCAAGAAGCAAAGACGGUUGCAACGCGACAUCGAAGGAGACGACGAUGGUCAAGCAAGAGAAGCGCGAAAACACGUUGACGAAUGGCGGGAAGGGCUCGGGCGAUGACGCGGAUAGCCUCGAGGAAAUGCCAUUAGACAUAGGCGAGCAUUACCUCGUUCGGAGAUCCGACGAUUCCUGGCACCCUGCUGAAAUUAUCCAGACACGUUAUAAUGAAAAUGAGAGCCACUAUGAAUACUAUGUUCACUAUGAGGGACAUAACAGAAGAUUGGAUGAAUGGGUACCUCGUGACAGAAUUAUGUCUAGCAGAUUUGACAUGAGUGAAAUUGAACGGCAGGAUAGAACUUCUGGGUCAGAUCUACUAGCUGAUUCUUCUGACCGUAAAAUUACUAGGAAUCAAAAGAGACGUCAUGAUGAGAUCAAUCAUGUGCAAAAGACUUAUGCAGAAAUGGACCCUACUACAGCUGCACUUGAGAAGGAACAUGAAGCUAUAACAAAAGUCAAGUACAUAGACAGAAUACAAAUUGGCAAGUACGAGAUUGAUACUUGGUAUUUUAGCCCAUAUCCAGAAGAAUAUGGUAAACAACCUAAGCUCUGGAUAUGUGAAUAUUGCUUGAAAUAUAUGCGUCUGGAGAAAACCUAUAGAUAUCACAUGAGUGAAUGUACUCAUAGACAACCAGUUGGAAAGGAAAUUUAUAGAAAGGGAACACUAAGUAUUUGGGAAGUAGAUGGCAGGGAGCACAAAAUAUAUUGUCAAAAUUUGUGUUUACUGGCAAAACUGUUUCUGGACCAUAAGACGCUUUACUUUGAUGUAGAACCAUUUCUUUUUUAUAUUUUGUGCGAAGUUGAUAAACAUGGGGCACACUUGGUUGGUUAUUUUUCAAAGGAGAAAGAAUCACCAGAUGGCAAUAAUGUUGCAUGUAUCUUAACUCUACCACCUUUCCAAAGACAAGGCUAUGGUAAAUUAUUAAUAGCUUUUAGUUAUGAAUUAAGCAGAAUUGAACAAACAGUUGGUAGUCCGGAGAAACCUUUAAGCGACUUGGGGAAACUGUCUUACCGGAGCUACUGGAGCUGGAUUCUGCUAGAAAUUCUUCGAGAUUUCCGGGGGACUCUUAGCAUCAAGGAUCUCAGGUACAGUAUUAGUCAAAUGACUAGCAUCUCCCAAACCGAUAUCAUAUCGACAUUACAAAGUAUGAACAUGGUGAAAUACUGGAAAGGACAGCACGUAAUCUGCGUCACGCCAAAACUAGUGGAGGAGCACAUAAAGAGCAGUCAAUACAAGAGGCCACGUCUUACGGUCGACAAUAGCGCGUUGAGAUGGGGAGCACCGCUUCGAAAGAACGUGAAACCUGGCAAGAAGUAGCGUUACAAGCAAGUUGACGUAUUGGUUUUCCUCUAUUUGGUGAUAUGAAUCACACUUGGCGAUAUCGUGGACGUUCACAAGUAAUCGAUCAUGAUGAUCCACGAAGGUGACGUUUUACGAAUUUAUUAGCCACUUGGUAAUGGAUUCACGAA